CUUUCAUUCACCACUUGUACAUCUUGGCUUCUUUCGGUACAAGCUGCGCCCUAACAUCACCAGCUUCGUGUUUCGCCAGCGCUGCAUCUCUACAUAAAGUUUUAAUGACUCAAGCCACAUCUCAUUCACAUAAACCGACCAUCUUCCCUCUAUAUCGCGGAUUUGCAAAACCAAACAUGUCCAAACGACAUGUAGUCGUGAUUGGGCGUUACGGGCCUGACGUCGGCCAUCUUCCUCGCGGAGAGCGGGUAUCUCGUUACCAUUGUUGCCGCUCAGGUUCCGGGCGAUGAGCGGGUGGAAUACGCUUCACCAUGGGCCGGGGCGCAUUGGAAUGCAUCCGCCACGCCUUCAGAGCCGAUGCUGUGCGAUUGGGAGGUGCAGACGUAUGAGUACUGGGUGCAAUUAUUGGAGCGAGAGGCGCACAAUGCCAGUGCUCCUAAGUCUGGUCUGAAGAUGCAAGACUCAUAUCACUUCUACGACGCCCGGCCAACGCAGGCACUCUGGUGGUCGCCGUUCGUGCAAAGCUUUCGCCAGCUGCCUCCCAUGCAAGAGCCGCUGUUCAGCUUGAAUCAGACGGCAGCGACGCGAGGGUUGACGAAGGCAUUGUGGGGUGUGGGGCUUCGCGCGCCGUCUAUCAAUGUGCCGAAGUAUCUGUUGUAUCUUCAGGACAGGGCUCGGGGUUUGGGAGUCGAGAUCCUGAAGGCCGAUCUGCCUGUUGAUGGUGGUUUGGAGAAGGCGCUGGCUGCGGCUGAGCAGGUCAUGACGGCGAAAGGCAGAGGAGGUGUAGACUGCUUUGUUAAUGCGACGGGCCUUGGUGCGAGGAAGGUGUGCGGUGAUGAAGCUAUGCAUCCCAUCCGAGGACAGACGGUCUUAGUGAAGGGGGAGGCGAUCGCGACGAGAACGAGGACAGGCGCGAACUACUCUUAUUGCAUCCCUCGGCCUGGAUCAGGAACUACGAUCUUGGGCGGUGUCAAGGAGAAGGGCAACUGGAACGGAGAGAUUGAUGAUCAAACUACAAGGCAGAUCCUGGAGGAGAAUCGCAAUCUAGCCCCGGAAUUACUUACGGGUGCCGAUGGAGGGUUUGAGGUGAUUAGUGUGCAAUGCGGGUUCCGACCUGGUCGGGAGGGAGGGCCGAGACUGGAGAGAGAGAGCGUAGGUGCUCGGAGAGUCGUGCAUGCGUACGGCCACGGAGGGGCGGGAUAUCAGCAGUCUGUUGGAUCAGCCAGGCUGGUCGUAAGAUUGGUGACGGAGAGUACUGGCGGGAGCCAUGUAUUUUCACGACUCUAGCUCUGAAUUAGACACUGCGCCCUGCGCUGGUGACGACCCAUUCGGCAUCGCCUCAUCAACAGCAGGGGGAGAACCUCCAUCGACCUGU